GCGAGGAGGCCAGCGGCCGCGCGGGUCGCCGAGGCUACGGUAGCACCACGAUCCCGGGCUUCCGUCUGUCUGUUCGUCCGUCCGUCUGUCCGUCCGCCCAGCCAUGACCGCGCCGGCCCCUGCACCUCGGACCCUGUUGCUGUUGCUGCUGCUGUUACCUCCGUCUCCGGGUGCUGGUGAUGAGAUAUGCGUAUCUGUCAGUGGAGACAACCGAAUUCCGAAGUCCUGUCCUGAUUUCUGCUGUGGUUCCUGUUCUAACCAAUAUUGCUGCUCUGAUGUGCUGAAGAAAUUCGUGGGCAAUGAGAAAAUGUGUGUGAAGACAGAGGCCAGUGUGUCCAACCACACGGAGCCACAAGAGCAGCUGGGAGUGGCGCUGAGGUUUCAAUCCAGCUUUGACAGUGACCCCGUGUCAGGGUUUGGAGCAACUGUAGCCAUCGGGCUGACUAUUUUUGUGCUCUCUGUUGUCACCAUCAUCAUCUGCUUCACCUGCUCCUGCUGCUGUUUAUAUAAGAUGUGCCGCCGACCACGCCCUGUUGUGACCACCACCACAGCCACCACUGUGGUGCACGCUCCUUACCCACAGCCCGAGUAUACCCCUAGCUACCCUGGACCAACAUAUCAGGGCUAUCACCCCAUGCCCUCGCAGCCAGGGAUGCCAGCAGUACCUUACCCGACGCAGUACCCACCUCCCUACCCAGCUCAGCCCAUGGGCCCACCGGCCUACCAUGAGACCCUGGCUGGAGGUGCAUCCGCUCCUUACCCCGCCAGCCAGCCUCCCUAUAACCCGGCCUACAUGGAUCCCCCAAAGGCAGUCCCUUGAGCGUGCCUCCAUCUCUCUGGCUGCCACUUGACUAUGUUGUGUGUGUGUGAGUGGUAUGCAGACACGGUUCGUUACUGGACCCAGUGCGUUAUGUGUGUCCUUUUUAGACACAUGACCUUCUUUGAUGCUGACCAGGUAGGGACCAAUAAUUGCCAGAGUGGGCCCAGACCAACCUUUUUCUUCCUCACUUGAAUUAAUACUUCCUGAAAUCUCAAGUAAAUUCAGAUAAUGGGGUGGAGGGGUUUUCUCCACUCACCCCAGGGUGACCAGGGGUAGCCUGGCAUACUAGGACAGCAGAGCUUUUUGUGAGAACCAUGCACAUCUUGGUUGUGGUGUGUCCAGCCACUGCUCAAGGCCAGAACUUGUCCCCAAGGUGUCAUUUGCAGAGCCAGAGCCAUGAGGCAGGCAAGUGGGCGAGCCAGGGGAUCUGGAUAAAGCUCAGUGCUCUGGAAAAAUGUCCAGUUGCUUCCUAGAGCCUAUACCAUGCUCAGUGGAGGGUCACCCAGCUUCUGGUGUCAAAAUACUUCAAGCAAAGCCCCACUCAUCCCUGACAACUGUCUGGACUGUCCCUGCAUCCUCUGUGCAACUACCUGGAGGAUCACAUCCACUCACAGUUCCAGCUGCCCACACGGAAGCUUCCCUGUCCCUGCUAGCCUGGCCCCUGCCACAGGUGAGCAGUGGAAGCCUCUGUACACCAACAUUCUCAGGUCGCCUCCCUGCAGUGUUUUUGUUUUUACUUUUGGCCAUUUUGCCAGUUUUCUGUUUUAAAGCAUGUGAUUAUUGAUGUGAGGUUGAAACCCCUGGAUCCUGGAGAGAAAGUGACCCACAGAGGAUAGGGACAACCUGAUCUUUGAUAGUCUGUUUCCCCUGACACAAGCCUCAUAAAACAUACAAUUUCUGUACUGCAGUCCACAGUUAGUCCUGGCACCAUGGACACCACCAGGGCCAAGGGGGCCAUCUGGACCAAAGGUCGGGGGUGGGGGCAGGGGGCCCGGUGGCAGCUCUGGCCCAGACACGAAUACCUCGGUGUUCCCUGUCCCCGUUAAUGUUUCACCAGCUCUGUCUUAGCUUUGUAUCUGUCUGUGUGUUUCUGAGAGUCUAGGCUCUGCACCCUUGUUUAUAAUAAACGCAAAUAUUUGGAGCUGUCGCGCCUUUUUUUCAGAGCCUUGGUUGCUGGGCUUGGGCUGUAGGCCGAGUACUGUUUCCAUCCACUGUUUGGAUUUCUGUCUUUUCUACUUUUAUUGGGCUAAGAG